CAUCUCAAUAUUUUGACAUUUAAAUGAGCGGUUUUGAGUGCACAGACAGAGCUUGUAGUCGUUGCUUUUUUUAAGCUGACGCGUUUCCCUUUAAAGGCGCGCGCUGCAGAGGCUGUGACGCGGCACGGAAACCCGGAUCCUGGUCUCGAGGACCGUCAGCCACGUCACCCAUCAGCGGCGCGAGCGCACAGUCCAGCACAGACCACCAGAGAGAGUUUGCAGUAAAUUAGGCUAUCUCGGAUUCUGUCGCGCAUAUGUAAUAAAUCAUUAAGAGGCUUACGCUAGCACCCGGAUGACGAGCACGCGCUGAGCAGCAGAAAGAAAGAGUUUUUGUUUUGUUUUGUUUGGAGCGAACAUCUGUUCUGAGAACAGCUGCAGAACUCUUUAGAUCCAGCGCUGAUCACCGAUCGAUAUCAUGAAUAUCUUCCGACUGUCUGGAGAUGUUUGUCAUCUGGUCGCUAUCAUUAUUCUGUUCCUGAAGAUCUGGAGAUCCAAAUCAUGCGCAGGUAUUUCUGGGAAGUCUCAGGUGCUGUUUGCGCUGGUCUUCACCACCAGAUAUCUGGAUCUGUUCACAUCCUUCAUCUCCAUCUACAACACCGUGAUGAAGGUGGUGUUUCUGGUCCUGGCGUACGCCACUGUCAGCCUCAUCUACUUCCGCUUCAGGAAAUCGUACGACUCUGAGAGCGACUCGUUUCGUGUGGAGUUCCUGCUGGUGCCGGUGGCCGGUCUGUCGUUCCUGGAGAACUAUGCCUUCACACCGCUGGAGAUACUGUGGACGUUCUCCAUCUAUCUGGAGUCGGUGGCCAUCCUGCCGCAGCUCUUCAUGAUCACUAAGACAGGCGAGGCCGAGUCCAUCACUACACACUACCUGUUCUUCCUGGGCCUGUACCGCACGCUGUACCUCGCUAACUGGGUGUGGCGCUAUCACGUGGAGGGAUUCUUCGACCAGAUCGCCGUGGUGUCCGGUGUCGUGCAGACCAUCUUCUACUGCGAUUUCUUCUAUCUGUACUUCACCAGAGUGCUGAGAGGAAGUGGAAAGAUGACUUUGCCGAUGCCGGUGUGAGUUGUUGGAUCAGGCCCCGCCCCUGCAUUAGGCCACACCCAGUUGUGACAUCAUCAUCACCGGCCGCCGCUGUAGCUCUUGUUUUUGAGCUGCACGUGUGGCUGGUGUAAAUGUGCCUUACAGUGAUCACAUCUGCUGGACGUGUCUCGUCUUUGAUGCCUUAAUGUGUUUCUGUUCAUGAAGUGUGUUGAGGACGUGUCUGUUUAUGUGUGUGUGUGAGAAACACUCUACAUUCUGUCGUUCAUAGUUUGCUUUCCUCGUUUAUUCUUAUUUCCUUCUUUAUUCUCCUGUUUUAUUUUCUCUGUAGUACAUCAUUUUAUGACCAACUCUAAAUUGUUUUUCAUUCUGUAAAGGGACGUUUGAUUUGAAUCUUUAAGUGUUUUUGUGCCAAUAUACCUGAGAAGAUCAUGAAUGUUUUGUAUAAACCACAUUUCAGUCUGAGAAUAACAGUUAACAGAUGUCUGGCAAAGACAUGAUUUUUUUAAAUGAAGAUGGACAGUUUAUCUGCCCUGGUUUUUAUAAAGCAUGCCAAUAAAGAGUUUCUUGUGUUCAUG